CGUUGUAAAAACCCGGAUGUGGUGGCUGGAGGUCCCUGGUUACGUUUGGGGUCAGUGUGUCUCGUCUUAUGUCUAAAGCUGAUGUAGAAAUGGGUGUUAAAAUCGAAGUUUUCAGAAUGGUGCUGUAUCUGUCCUUUCCUGUGAGCAUGUUUUGGAUUUCAAAUCAAGCAGAAUACUUUGAGGAAUACGUGGUAAAGAGAAAGAGGGAGAUCUUCCCACCUAACGAGGCACAAAAUAGGAAAGAGUUGGAGGAUUUUAAGGAGCGAAUACGUGUUCGUAGGGAGCGGAAAUUAUUGCAAGAUAUUUCUGUGGAAACUGAAAACUGACAAUUAUGUCUUGAAGAAAUUCACAAGUUCCCUACACUGAUUGAGAACUAUCUCCCAGUGUUUUCUGUUGUAUUUAAAUGAUUGAUCAAUUGAGUUUCUGUGAUUGUACUUGUAUUAUAAAAUAAAUAAUUAUUAAGUGAUA